UUUCCUCUCCCUUCUUCCUCUCCCCCCUGCCGGCCAUGCGGCUCCCCUGAUCCGGCGGCUCCGCGAUGCUGCUGCUGCUGCUGCGGUUGCCGCCGCGGGCUCGUGGCGCGUGGGCUUCCCCGGGAGCCCGCGGGGGCCUCUCCCUCCUGCGUGGCGGGGGCUUCCGAAGCGCCCGGCUCGGGCCGGCCCCUCCGUUUGCAAGGCGCCAACUCUGGAGCCCGCCGUCCGGCCGGCGAGCUGAGGAGCCCUUCCCGCUGGACGGCUUCGUCAACCGGGACGUGGAGCUCUUCCGCCACGAGCGACCGCGCUUCUUCCGCAACGUGGGCCUCUUCUGCCUCAGCCAGCUCGCCUUCUGGCUCUACCUGGCGGACUUGGCCUUUACCACCCUGCGGGAAACGCCGCCGCCCGACCCGGAGAAAGCCGGCUCGGAGGAGCCCCCCUCCAGCCGGCCCUGGCUGGGCAACCUCUUCAACCUGACCGCGGGCUCCGCCAAGUGGCGCUACGGCUUCUCCGCCACCUGCCUGGCCGUCGGUACGCUGAUCUUUGUGGCAGGUUUCUUCUUCGCGCGACGGUCCGUUAGCCGGGUCCUCCUCCUCCGUGGCAGUCAGGAGGUGACUUUUACGACCUAUUACCUCUUUGGCUACACUUCAUCCUUCACAGUGCCCCUUCGCCACAUCAGCUGCAUGUCCCACCGUUCAGAAGUGGCUGCAAUCAUCCCAGUCAAGAUCAAAGGGAAACCUUUUUAUUUCUUGCUGGACAAACAGGGAUCGAUCACCAGCAACCCACUAUUUGACAUCACCGUGGGCGCCUAUCGGGAAUGGUGAGGUCAUUUUUCCAGGGGCCAUGAGGCCACGACCUGCCCAGAGGCUGCUGGAAGAGAGAAGAGGAAAAAUGCAGACAUGAAAAUCCAGAAUUGACAGCUCCUUCCCUGUGGAAACAUUUGAGUUAUAUCCUCACCCUUCUGCUCUUUAAAUUUAAAAAAGAAAGAAAGAAAAACCCUAAAAAUAGGACACUAAGAGGGCGAGAAGGAUGUUCUUUUACUCGAAUUGUACUCCAGCCUGCUUGUUAAAAAUAUAGAAAGCCUCUGGUUUCAAA